GAGGCGGCGGCGGCGGGCGGGGCUCGGCUCGGGCUCCGCGGGCGGGCGGGCGGACAUGGCGGCCAACAUGUACCGGGUCGGAGAUUAUGUUUACUUUGAGAAUUCCUCCAGCAACCCGUACCUGAUCAGAAGGAUCGAGGAACUCAACAAGACCGCGAGCGGCAAUGUGGAAGCAAAAGUAGUCUGCUUUUAUAGAAGACGCGAUAUCUCCAACACGCUUAUAAUGCUCGCCGACAAGCAUGCUAAGGAAACUGAGGAAGAAUCGGAGACGACCGUUGAGGCAGACUUGACGGAGAAGCAGAGGCACCAGCUAAAGCACAGGGAGCUCUUUCUGUCGCGCCAGUACGAGUCCCUGCCUGCCACACACAUCAGGGGGAAGUGCAGCGUGGCCCUGCUGAAUGAGACAGAAUCCGUAUUGUCGUACCUUGACAAGGAGGACACCUUCUUCUACUCAUUGGUGUAUGACCCUUCAGUGAAAACAUUACUGGCUGACAAAGGUGAAAUCAGAGUGGGCCCAAAGUACCAAGCCGACAUUCCAGACAUGCUCCCAGAAGGAGACUCAGAUGAGAGGGAACAAUCAAAAUUGGAAGUUAAGGUUUGGGAUCCCAAUAGCCCACUUACGGACCGACAGAUUGACCAGUUUUUAGUUGUAGCCCGUGCUGUGGGGACGUUUGCCCGUGCCCUGGAUUGCAGCAGCUCUGUGAGGCAGCCCAGCCUGCAUAUGAGCGCGGCCGCAGCCUCCCGGGACAUCACCUUGUUCCAUGCCAUGGACACGCUGUACAGGCACGGUUAUGACCUCAGCAGCGCCAUUAGCGUGCUGGUGCCGCUCGGAGGGCCGGUCCUGUGCAGGGACGAGAUGGAGGAGUGGUCCGCCUCAGAAGCCAGCCUGUUCGAAGAAGCACUGGAAAAAUAUGGCAAAGAUUUCAAUGACAUCCGUCAGGACUUUCUCCCGUGGAAGUCCUUGACUAGCAUCAUUGAAUAUUAUUACAUGUGGAAGACUACUGACAGAUACGUGCAGCAGAAGCGCCUUAAAGCCGCAGAAGCUGAGAGCAAACUGAAGCAAGUGUACAUCCCAACUUACAGCAAACCAAAUCCCAACCAAAUCUCCAGCAGCAACGGCAAGGCUGGCACCGUGAACGGAGCUGUGGGGACCCCGUUCCAGGCUCAGAGCGCCCUCGUCGGGCGAGCCUGUGAGAGCUGCUACGCCACACAGUCUCACCAGUGGUAUUCCUGGGGCCCGCCUAAUAUGCAGUGUAGACUCUGCGCGACCUGUUGGCUGUACUGGAAAAAGUAUGGAGGUCUGAAAAUGCCUACCCAGUCAGACGAAGAGAAGGCUCCCAGCCCGACUGCAGAGGACCCGCGCGCGCGAAGCCACAUGUCCCGGCAGGCCUUGCAGGGCAUGCCGGUCCGGAACACGGGGAGCCCCAAGUCUGCAGUGAAGACCCGGCAAGCUUUCUUCCUUCAGACCACGUAUUUCACAAAAGUUGCUCGUCAGGUCUGCAAAAACACCCUGCGGCUGCGGCAGGCAGCGAGACGGCCGUUUGUUGCUAUUAAUUAUGCUGCCAUUAGGGCAGAAUAUGCAGACAGACAUGCCGAACUUUCUGGAAGCCCACUGAAAAGCAAAAGCACCAGGAAACCUUUGUCGUGCAUCAUUGGGUAUCUAGAGAUCCACCCUGCAAAGAAACCGAAUGUAAUCCGAUCCCCACCCAGCCUGCAGACUCCAGCCACCAAGAGGAUGCUCACGGCUCACACAUCUCUGAGCAUUCUGGGGAAAAGAAACUACAGCCAUCACAACGGUCUCGAUGCUUCCAAGAUUCGGAUGGUGAAUUCUCUGAUUUUCGGAAGGGGAGGACAUGAACUCAGAAGCCUGCAACUAGAAACUGUAAAAGAGAUUGCUUUUGUGGCACCGGUCGAUCAGAGGGCAGAGUCUCCAGGUCCACGGGCUUCAAGUACUUCUGAGUAGUCAAACCAAUAGGGAACAUUUUGCAGAAAACAAAAACUUACCUGCUGUGUGUCAGACUGAGCUAUCCCUUCUUCAUCCUGUACUUCAAGACCUGCUACUGUCCUGCUGGUGGUCACAGCCAUGCCUGGAAAGGAGGCGUCCCUUCAGUGAGAGAGCUCCGUGUCCACCCCUUGGUACCCAAAGGGGCAGGAACGAAACUGUAGGAACACACAGCCCGGAUCUGCAACUCCGUGUGUGACCAGUGGCACCUAGCUUCCUUCCCAGAGACCUUGCUGUUCCAGAGUGGACCUGUCUGCCAACUGAGGCAGGGAGCUUUUGGCCUUCCGGCUUCCGAGUUCUCAGAUGCAGCUGGCUCAGGCAUGGAGGCUGCAGAGAGCCCGGAGCCCCACUGCCCUGCAUGUGUGCGCCCUACUGUUUCAUGCUGUGAAAUUAUGUACAGGAGAGGCGCGGCAUCUUUCUGAGUGGAUUCUUCUUCAGAAUGCGCCAGCGUUUCUGCAGUUCAUAGUCCCCGCCCCCACUGUUGUAUCUCUUGGUUUUCUCUCAGUAGCCGCCUUUCUUCCCUCCUUUCUGCAUCCCGUACAGGGUUUGCUUCCACCCUCUGCGGAGCCUGAGAGUUUGGGGAGCAGAGGGUUCUUGAGCUUGGCCAGCCUGUGAGUGACUCUCAGCAUCUGUCUAGUCACUAGAGGGAGGCUGGCGUGGGAUUGGUUUGCCUUCAGUCCUGUAGAGCUCCCCAGAGAUCAGGUGUUGGCCGUGCCAAGCGUGUGCAUCACUGUGACAAGCGGUUGACUUACUGCCCUCUUCCCUUAUAGUUAAACCAGCUGGCAAAGACCUGUAGCCAGGGUGGAAGGCUCCUAUAGUGGGUCACCAAUCCUCCCAUUUUAUUUUAAGUAGACUUGGUGGGGCCUGAUGGGGGGGAGGGGUAAAAGGUGGGAAUCCUAUCUGUAGAUAUAAGUCUGUGUAGAUGGUGUGGUGUUCCCUCGCCCUUCCAGCUCAGAGUCUUUGUGAGAGCCUGUGUUGAGGCCCCUGGAGACCUGCCUGUCUUCCUGCCCUGAAUGCCAGCCUUCAGUGACGUCCCAGAUCGCUCCUGUGCCAGCCUCUACACUUAGCUGCAGUCACCAAAGUAACUCCCUAAGCAGAGGACGUGGCCACCUCUCCAUUAGCAGGGACAAGCUGUGGAGGAGCACAGAGUCCCAGGACUGUGAUAGAUGACUAGUGUCUGACCUUGGGACAACCUUGGGGCUUGUGUCUUAAAGCAGCUGGGUGGCUGAGAGGAGGCACUCCAAACCGGUUGUUGCAAGACAGAGUUGCCACAGCUGGAACUGAACUCCCAGGAAGAGUAAAUUGUCACAAAAAUAAUGACAUCUGGAAGUCUGUGUCCCAUGCAGCAGAAAGGAGGGGGUGUGUGGCUGAGGACACCCGUCAGGGUGCCAGCUGCUUUGUCCUCUCCCAGGGAGGUUCUUUUCAUCAUAGGCCUUUACACAGCUGUGGCAAGUCCCCAUCACGGCUCAGGGCCCUGCAGGUGGGGCCGGGUCAGUGGUGCCCCAUGGAACAGGGGUAGCUGGUGUUUCACUCUAGCACCCCCAUCAGCAAAGACCCAAAAGAGGGAGCAACUGGACUUUGGGGUAUUGUCUUAGUUAGGGUUUUAUUACUGUGAAGAGACACCGUGACCAAGGCAACCCUUAUAAAGGAAAACAUUUAAUUGGGGCUGGCUUACAGGUUCAGCCAUCAUCAUGGCAGGAAGCGUGGCAGUGUCCAGGAAGACACGGUGCUAGAGAAGGAGCUGAGAGUUCUGCAUCUUGAUCCACAGGCAGCAGAAGGAGACUGUGCCACACUGGGCAAAGCCUGAGCAUAGGAGACAUCAAAGCCCGCCCCCACAGUGACACACUCCCUCCAACGAGGCCACACCCCAAAUAGUGCCACUCCCUAUAGGCCAAGCAUUCAAACAUAUGAACCAGUGGACCAUUCCUAUUCAAACCACCCUGGAUAUUCUCUUAAAGAAGAGAAGACAGACCACAGUCUCUGACCCUGCCCUGAGGUUAUGCGGCACAUAGACACAGGGAGAGACUCUCGUCUCCCUGUUGACUAUCCUCUCAUCGUGCUAACAAUCGCUCACUCUGACUGUUGAGGUCCAGGAGACCUGGAGAAGGGCCUCGCCAGGGAUGGUAAUGUCACAGGUAGCCUGUCCUAGCCCGGAUCACAGUUAGCUUCGGGAAAAGCACAGCUCAUUUUGAGCCCCAUGUCUCCAGAAUGUUCUUUCUCACCUUGCUUGUGAGAGCUGGCUCUUGCAGCCUCCCCCUCCCCAACACAUAAGUAAUUUUGCUCCACAGGGAAUGUCCCAGGGUAAAUAAGAUAGAUUCCAAGAUAAGAGACCUUGUCUCGAGCACUUGGUGUGGAGAGAGCUUCUCACCACAGCCUUUCUGGGCCCACGAUGUCGCUGUCAUGGGUGUCAAUGGCAUGGCCCCGUUGCUUAGCAAACAGAUGAGAAGCUGAGGCUCUCUCCAUAGGCACAAGGUCAUGCCAGAUCCCCUGGGAGGACCCAAGAAACGUCUGCCCUCCGACACUGCUAUUACUGAUAAACUGAGGGUGUACGAAAAUGGGGAACUGUAGGUUACUGGAAUCUCCCACAGUUCCGCCUUGCCUACAGCCUAGUGUCUAUCACUCGGGGCCCAGUCAGGGGAGCCAAGCUUGUUUUUAGGGUUCAUAACUGAAGCAAGAACAGCAGGAGUGGGAAGCGUGGGUCAGAUGUGCAUAGCAGUGAGGCCAUGAAACUACAGGCUAGGGCCACUACGAAGGAGCCAACGUCAUGGCAGUCAGAAUGGGGAGAAGGAACUUGUCCCUCCCUCCUGCCCUCUGGAUUUCUAUGGGUACCUGCUACCAGCUGGCUGCAGCCAGAAGCCAGCUACCCUGGGAGCCUGUGGGCCUGCAGCAGAGGAGAGGAGGAGAGGGCAGAUGAAGGGCAGUCCUGGGGUAGGGGUACCCCUGCUGCUCGGUCUUUGGAGCAUGGCAGCUCCUCCGCAAUGCUAAGACCUUGGGGACGGAGGCAGAGGAGUACCUGCUCGGGCUCGUAGAUUGUUUUCAUUCUUCUGUGGAGGAAGAGCUUUAUUGGGAGGGAAGCCCUUCUUCAUGGUUGACCCUGCUCUCCUUUGGAGGAAUUUGCCCACUGAAGCACCCUCCCUGCCUUGUGCUCCCCUCUAGAAAGCCAUGUCCUGGUUUCUGUGUACACCCCUGCCUGUUCCUUGCCUCCUAGUCUCUGGUUUCCCCCGCCAUGAGCACUAACCAGAGUUGGCCGCAGUGCUUGGGAAAGCACUAUCCCACACCGUGCCAGUGCAGCCUGUCUGUCUGUAGGAGAGGCCAUCUAUCUGUCAGUUUGUAUUGUGUUUCCAAUAAAUUUCUGGAAAUCA